UUGGUUUAGGCCCUGAGCACAUGGCGCUGUAUUGUCGUCAGUUCCUGUCCAAACACCCGGAAGACGUUGCUGGUGUUUGUCGACUCAAAAUAACAUUCAGUUAGAAUGCCACGUUACUGUGCUGUUAAGUUGUGUAAUAACAGAGGUGGGAUGCCUUCAAAAGACAACAAAAGAAUAAGCUUUUAUCCUUUUCCCUUGCAAGAUAAGACCAGGCUCAAGAAAUGGAUUGUCAACAUGAAACGUGGGGAGUGGACCCCCAGUCGGCACCAGUACCUGUGCAGCGAACAUUUUACAGAAGACUCUUUUGACCUGCGAUGGGGAAUCCGAUACCUGAAGCACACUGCUAUUCCAACUAUAUUUCCCUGUCUUUGUGAUAAUGAAACCAAUCACAGCAAGAAAAAAAACAAACCCAGGAACAGACCACCUGAUCCAGGUGUCCAGCUCAGUGCACUGACAAAUGAGCCAUUGGAUUGUCCAGUAUCCGCUGUGAUCAGCGAGAGGAUGCCUGCCGUCCACACCAGUGCGGAUAGGCUGCUUUCAGAGACGUUGUCUACUGAGAGUCCCUCCAGAGGUGACCUGUCUAGCCAUGGAGUGCCCUUGACUGAUUCCUGUGCACAAAUGUAUGGUGAGGAACAUCAGCAGCAGCUAUUGGACCCCAGCUCUGUGAUGACCUUUCUGUGCUGCGACACCGCAGGACUGUUAGCAGGGCACGGAGAGGAGCCGCAGGAGCCCCGAGCAACGGGCAGCCCAUCAACCACGCCCCUGGCACUGGAGGAUGAGGAGAAGGCACGCGUUACACCCAAAACUCCUGAGAGGAAGGUGGAGCUUCCCAGCGGCGGCGAGGCCAGCUCACUGUGCGAGCACUCCUACUCGCGCCAGGACACAGACAAAGAGCAGCUGUGGAGCCGUAUAACAAGCCUCCAUGCCAAGGUCCUGGCCCUGGACAAGCAGGAGGAGGGCACACUCGCCAAGAUCAAAUGUGUGGAGAUGGAGAUCGAACAUCUGAAGAUGCGCAAUGCCGUGUGUCAGCAGAGGCAAAAAGUGCUGGAGGAGUACUUCACUUCUGUCUUUCUCUAGCACUGCUCAGCAUUCAGAACAACUGGGGCUUAUUUUUCUUACAUGUAGAAGAAAAUUUUGUUUAUAUAUAAAAUCUUGCAUUAUUGGGAUUGUUGUUCCUCCUCUGUAAACAGAGCUUUUAAAGCAUGUUGAGAGAUAUUAGGUCUAGCUGCUUGCACAGUGACUUCCUUACAUUUCAUCAAUAUUGCAAUUUUCAUUUUCUAAUUGCCAUCUAAUGGGAUUGUGUUGUUUUAUUGUUAAACUAGUUUCAGUACUUUUUUUUUUUUUUCUCAUGAAGUUCUUAGUUGUGCUAAUGUGACCACGUGGUGGCACUGUGACGCUCCCAGUACAACAUAUAGACUCUGGCAAGGUCAUGCUGAAAAUCAAUGACUUGCACUUGAUAGUCUGCUUUUUGUUUCCAGUUGGAUGGCUGAAACAUCUUACAAAAGUGGUGUAGUAACUUCUAUGUUCCUAAUGUCUGUGAAAACCAUAAUUUCUCUUUUUUUUUUCCUUUUUUAAAAUUUGCUUGAAGCUAUAGUCAUAAGCUUAAAGAAAUGUUGUCCAUGAAAGAGGAAGCUGAGACUGACUAGUAACCAUGGUGCCAGAAUAAGCAUAAGGUAUGGUAUCCCCUCCGUACACUCACCAGCUGUGAUUACAGACAGCUGCCCGUUUGUUGGCAUGUGCAGUUUACCCGCCACUCCCCACCUCUGUCUGCGUCUGUGAGAGUUGGUUUGGAAUCUUUGGUAUAUUCUGUUAGGCGCUGGUCAGUUGUCAGCAUCAGAUGUCAUUGACAGUGGCAUGGUUACGGCUGUCAAGCUGGUACAAGCUUAUCAGGCACUAAAGUGUUACUGGGGUUUUACGUGUGUCACUGUUAGGUUGAGAGUGGUGCACUUAUAUAUCCAGUCAAGAGCAUCCUGUUUAUGUAAGACUGCAGGAUAGGCCACACACAUGCAUGGGGCCAGGCAGGAUAUACACUCAUGCACUCCUGGGCCAAAGGGGGAGUCAUCACUGCUGUGAGCCGCUGUGGGUGGAGAUGGAAACAUGAACAUUCACUUAAAUAGUCUUCUUGUACACAAAGGUAAAAUCACAAAAAUAUUUUAAUAUUUUGAUACAAAAUUCAAAUUAGCACAUGUCUUUUGAGCCCAUUAAUAGCUUAUGCAAUUUUGCUUUUGGCCCAUUUUUCCCCAGGAGUGUGUAUUUCUCCAAGUGAAGAAUUGUUUAAUAAUUAAUCAGAAAGUUAGUCGAUUAUGUAAGGAUGAUCCACAGUGCAAUAAGACCAUCUCUUCACGUUUGUGUGAGUUAUCAAUGUGCUUCACACUGCUUUUAUAAUUGUUUUUUGAUGUUUUAGUCUUUUGCCUUAGCUCCAAACCCCGCAAGACACUAAACACAUCAGCACUGUUGUGCUUUAAACUCACCUCUGGCUAGUCUCUUCUUUAUCUUCAUUUUACCAUCAGUGAAUUACUUUGUCAUCUUUGAUACUGAUCAUUUAUAUCAAAAUAAAUAUACUAUUUUGGCUAA